CCAGGUUUAGCCGCCAUGUCCCUGCAGGCUGAUUUUGACAAGGCGCCCAAAGACGUGAAGAAGCUGAAAACCAGGCCAGAUGAUGAGGAACUAAAAGAGAUCUAUGGACUGUACAAACAGUCUGUAACUGGAGACAUAGAUAUUGAGUGUCCAGCACUGUUAGAUCUAAAAGGAAAGGCUAAGUGGGAAGCCUGGAACCUUCAAAAAGGAUUAUCAAAGGAAGAUGCCAUGAGUGCCUAUAUUUCUAAAGCAAGAGAGCUAAUAGAAAAAUACGGAAUCUAGAAUUCAGCCCGUGAGAGAAUUUUCCUUUUGAAGCCUUCAUAAUGGUAUCGUGACC